GGGAGUGGCCGAGCUCCGCUCCGCCGGGCGCCUGGCGUGGCGCUUGUCCCGUCCCGCUGCCUGCCCCGGCGGCCGUCACGCCGUGAGGAGGAGCCGCUGCCUGCCCCGCCGCUGUGCCCCUGGCCUGGGAGCCCGCCAGGCUUAAGUAGCCAAAGAUGAGUCGUGGAUUUUCAGAAAACAACAACUUUCCAUAUGACAACAAUCAAAUGGUGUUGGACAUGAUCCUCUGUUCCCUCAUUGGUGUUCCACAGCCUAUCAACUGGGACAGUGUGGCGCGGCUAGUUCCAGGAUAUACAUCCAAAGAGUGUGCAAAAAGGUUUGAUGAACUAAAAAGCAGUGGAAGUUCACCUGUUGACAACCAGUUUAAUCCCCUGAUGGCUGCUGGUGGGAGUCCUGUGGAAACUUUAGCUACAUACAUCAAGUCCUCCUUGCUCGAUACACAGACAGAGUUUCAGGAGCCUGCUAUUGGGCAGGAUUCCAUUACUAUAACUGGAAGGCCCAGCACAACCUCCACAUCAGAAUCUGAGAAAGGUCCUGUGCAUAAUGGUGGAGAAAGCACUGAUGAAAGCCAGGGGCCAAAUAUGGUGAUCCAUGUGUGCGACGAAGCAAAAAACCUCAAAGAAGAUUUUGUGUGUCCUCGUGACCUUUUGAUUUCAGAAAUGAAAUACUUUGCUGAAUAUCUGUCUGUGGAUGCCCAGCGCUGGGAAGAGGUGGACAUUUCAGUGCAUUGUGACGUUCACAUCUUUGACUGGUUGAUAAGAUACGUUAAAAGGAACACUAAGGAUUCUGAAGCUAAUGAAAUGCCCACUUUAGAACCAUCAAAUGUCAUCUCAAUUCUUAUUUCUUCUGAGUUUUUGAAGAUGGAUUCAUUAGUAGAAAAAUGUAUUCAUUAUUGUCACAAAAAUAUGAAUGCUAUUGUAGCCACACCAUGCAACAUGAAUUGUAUCAAUGCUAAUCUUGUUACUCACAUUGCUGAUCUCUUCACGCACAAUGAAGUGGAAGAGCUGAAGGACAAAAGAGAUAAAUUUAAGAGUAAACUUUUCUGCAAGAAGAUUGAGAGGCUCUUUGAUCCGGAGCAUGUAAAUCCAGAUUCUCGAGGCAAUGCAGCAACAUUGUACAGGUGUUGUUUAUGUAAAAAGCUGCUAACUAAAGAAACUGAAAGAAGAGUUCCUUGUGUACCGGGAAAAAUCAACAUAGACCAACAUGGGAAUAUUGUCUAUGUUCAUAUAAGAGACAAAACCUGGGAAGUCCAUGAGUAUUUAAUUGGCCUUCAUGAGGAAUUGAAAUCUUGGAGGGAUGUUUACUGGCGUCUGUGGGGGACUGUCAAUUGGUUGUCUUGCUCAAGAUGUAAUCAAUCUUUCCUGUGUACUGAAUUCUCCCAUUGCCAGUACCAUUCGCAGUCAGUUCUUUAUCCAGGCGUAGCAAGUGCUCUGGGCUCAACUGGGACAGGAGUAUAUCCCUGUUGUAACCAAAAAGUACUUCGAUUUGAUCCUACAACUCUCCCAAAGGGCUGCAAAGUGAGGGAUCACAUGGUUGAUUUACCUUCAGAAAAUGGAGAUGGGGAUGCUUUGCCAUCUCAGACUACUAAAAUAUUGAAUGAUCUGCUUCAUCAUAGAGAUGUUAUUGUUGUUCCUUUCACUAAGGAUGAGAAUAGUGAUUCUGGGAUUGGGCUCGGUGAUGAAAAAAGCAUUGAAUGUGAUGUGCUUGUAGAACCAAACACGCCGUGGGGUCCCAAAACUGGAGAAAUCAAUGCUUUUCUUUCUCUGAAGAACUGGACUUUACAGCUGAAGCAGCAGUCAUUGUUAUCUGAAGAAGAGGAAUACACCACUGGAUCAGAGGUCACUGAGGAUGAAGUGGGGGAUGAAGAAGAAAUAUGCAGGAAACCAGCAGGGAGAAAGGAGAAGUUAAAGAAGUCCUACAAGCACCCAAAGAAAGUGAUUUCUUCACCUAGUGUUCAGAAGAAAGAGAAGCCAUCUGACAAGUCAAGUUCCCGAGAUGCAUCUCCAUUCAUUGUGAGUAUGCAGCAGAACAAAUGGGAUGCCUCAAGGUCACUAAGAUUCAACCAAGAUGCUCAAAGAGAAGAUGAUCAGAGAAGAAUGUCUGAGAUCACAGGGCACUUAAUAAAAAUGAGACUGGGAGACCUUGAUCGAGUCAAGUCAAAAGACAGCAAAGAAUAUGCAGGAGGCAUUUAUUCCAGACUUGAAGCGCAGAUAAAGGCCUCAGCACAGGUCAGUGCACGACAAAGCAAUGCUGAGAAGAAUGCCAGGUCAAAAUCCCGUUUUGGUCAAGGCCGCCCAACAUAAGGACUCAUGAAACAACCUUUAGCCAGAACUCAUUACUGCUUCCUGAAACUACUGCCCUCUGUAUGGGGAAUGCACAUCCUUGAAAGCUUUCCAGUGACUUAUUUAUUACUUUAAGCCUUGUAAAUUAUUUUGUGUGAUACAUGAAUGCAAAUCCAAUAAGGUCUGUACUUAUUUUAAUUGUAAAUAUACUAUUUCUUAAAUUUAAUUGCUUUUUUGGGGUAUUGUGUUAAGUUGCAUAGAAAAUACUUUAUAAACCUACAAAGUUAAAUUAUCAAACUAACUUUAUUUAUGGGGGAAGACAUAAAUAUGCCUUUUAGUAUGCUAGAAAUACUGAAAAGGGAAAAAAGCAAGACUACUGAAUUGUGAAUGCAGUCAGCAGCACGAACACAAGUUACCUAACGUAUUUAUAUCCUGUAGUAUUUGGUGGUACAUUUUAGGUCAGCCCUCUGGGGAUUUGCAUUUAAAGUCUGUGACAAUACCUUAGAGUAGUUUAAACAAAAUCUUAAAGCAGUUCUGAGGCUUCCUUCUGUAUCUCAUGCAGCUCCCAUUGGUGUGAAGGUGGGUUACAGGUAGAGACUAGACCUCCAAAGAUUCUAGAAAUACCAUGAUGAUGCAGUACUGCAUCUUGCACGUGAAACGCUUGCUUGCUUGAUUGUGAAAUUAAUACUCAUUUCCACUCCAUAUCCAAUUUCUCUUGCACAAUACAGUGUUUUGUUUCCUUCUGAUAUCUAGGGUAAGAAGCAGUUCUCUCUCUUUUAAUGAUGCCAUGUCUCUAAAUUUCCAACCAGAUAUGCUAUUAAUUCUGCAUCUUUCAAUGGAGAUGUGUCAUUAAGAACACUUAUGCAUGUAGAUCUUUUGGGUCUAGUUACUUUCUGAAACCUGCCUGAAUAGUACUGUUUAGAAGUCAGAUGCACUUUCAAGUCCUGUAUUUGGAGCAAUAGAAUACAAGUUUGUAUAGGUGUAAAAUCCAGGGCUACCAAAAUGAAAUAACUUGUCUAGAAAAUAUUUCAUAUUAACAAAGAAAGUGGCAAUAAUGGCAAUAAUAAUGGCUGAAUUCAAGUAAACAUAUUCUGACUUUUUGAAACAGGUCGAAAGAGUGCUCAGGGAAAGCUUAUUCCAGGCCACAGCUGUACAAUAAAUUGUGAGUUUGGAAUCAAGUUAGCAAGAUCCUGGGUGGGAGGGUGGGAAUGGGGUAAGGGGAGGGAGAUCAUUGUUUAAAUGCACUCUUCUCUCCAUUCAGGCUCUUUUUGUCUUGUUUCUUGAGGAUUUUCAGUAGGCAUUAGAAGACGUAGGAUAGCAAUACUUGAAAAUACAGCAUUUGAUGUAGAAGGGUUUUAUUGAAACAAUUACAGAUGAAUGUUGUUUAUUGUGUGUUUUGUCCAAUGCUGUAGCAAACUCAACAGGCAAAACUGGAUUUCAAUGGCUUUGAAUUCGGACAAGAGUGGUAACUUUGCAGGAGUGCUUUAAUCUGUAUCAGAUAAGGCUUUAUUAAUGCCUCAGGCCUGCUUGCAAGUAGUAAUGCAGCUUUAAGCACUUACAGUAACCACUGGAAAACUUCUUCACUGAAAGAAGAAGUAUUAUAAAAUCAACCAGGUAUGAAAAUGCAGUAGGAUAAGUGUUUUUCUACAUUCUGUGACUUCUCAUAGAGGGUUGUUCCAAAUUCCCAUGGUAAACUUUGCUGUGGAAGUCACAGCCUGCAUGUGUGUGUGUUUAGUUUUCCUAGAACUACUGACUAGAAGAGAAGGGACAACUCUGCUGGUUCUGUUCUGUGGGAAAGUGCCAGUUCAAUGUGCCAGUAUUGUUUUAUUCAGAAAUAUUUUUGAGCAUAUAAAAGUAACAUACAUGAUGUUCAUUCUUUUCCCACCUUGCCAACCACCUUGAGUUUUUAUCUUGUGUUAAUUUUGAACAUCUGUCUUGGUUUAAUGGAAAUAAAUGUUGUUAAUUUAACAA